AUGUCGUCCACCAGCCUAGGACCACGGCGGAAACCCAGCCGGAAGGGUUCCAUGGCCGAUGUGCCCAAAGACCUCCUGCAAGAGAUCAAGAGACUGGAAGACUUGUUCACCGUCGACACGGCCAAGCUCAAGGCCAUCUCUGACCACUUCGUCGACGAGCUGGCCAAGGGUCUGACAAAGGAAGGCGGCAGCAUCCCCAUGAACCCGACCUGGUGCAUGGGCUUCCCCACCGGCAAUGAAACCGGCACCUUCCUCGCCCUCGACAUGGGCGGCACCAACCUCCGCGUCUGCGAGAUCAACCUCCCCGAGGAAAAGGGCGAAUUCGACAUCAUUCAAUCCAAAUACCGCAUGCCCGAAGAGCUCAAGACCGGCAACGCCGACGAACUCUGGGCCUACAUCGCCGACUGCCUCCAACAAUUCAUUGAAUACCACCACGAAGGCGAACGUCUCGACAAGCUACCCCUCGGCUUCACCUUCUCCUACCCAGCCACCCAAGACUACAUCGACCACGGCGUGCUCCAACGCUGGACCAAAGGCUUCGACAUCGACGGCGUGGAAGGCAAAGACGUCGUCCCGCCCUUCGAAGCCGCCCUGACCGAACGCGGCGUCCCCAUCAAACUCACCGCCCUGAUCAACGACACCACCGGCACGCUGAUAGCUAGCAGCUACACCGACCAGGAAAUGAAGAUCGGCUGCAUCUUCGGCACGGGCUGUAAUGCCGCAUACAUGGAGACCUGCGGCAAUAUCCCCAAACUCGCCGAUAUGAAGAUAGAUCCCGAGCAGGAAAUCGCCAUCAACUGCGAAUGGGGCGCCUUUGACAACGAGCACAAGAUCCUCCCUCGCACCCAAUACGACGUCAUCAUCGACAAGGACUCGCCUCGGCCGGGUCAACAGGCAUUCGAGAAGAUGAUCGCAGGUUUGUAUCUGGGUGAGCUGUUCCGUCUCGUGCUGCUGGAUUUGCACGAGCAACCUCAUAUCAAGAUCUUCGAGGGUCAGGACGUGGCGUCGUUGAAGAAGCCUUAUAGUCUCGAUGCCUCGUUCUUGUCCGAUAUCGAGAAUGAUCCGUAUGAGAAUUUGCUGGAGACGGGGGAUAUGUUUCAUACGAAGUUGGGGAUUAAAUGUCUGAAGCCCGAGCUCGAACUGAUCAGGAGGUUGGCGGAGUUGAUUGGGACGCGGAGCGCCAGACUUAGUGCGUGUGGCGUCGCAGCGAUCUGCAAAAAGAAAUCCUACAAGACCUGCCACGUCGGCGCCGACGGCUCGGUGUUUAACAAGUACCCGCACUUCAAGGCCCGGGGCGCGCAAGCCCUCAAGGAGAUUCUGGAUUGGGAAAAGGGACGCGAUGGCAAGGCGCUAGGGCGCGGGAACGACCCGGUGGAGAUUUUACCCGCUGAGGAUGGGAGUGGAGUUGGGGCGGCGUUGAUUGCGGCGCUCACGUUGAAGAGGGUGCAGGAGGGGAGGACUAUGGGGAUUAGAGACCCCGAGGGGAUGCUUGCUGGGACGGCGGCUGCAAAGCCGAGUAGUAAGCAAGUCGCGCCCGAAGCUAAGAAAUGA